CAGAGAGUCAGAGACAGAGAGAGAGAGAGAGAGAGAGAGAGACAGAGAGAGAGACAGAGAGAGAGAGACAGAGAGAGAUGUCACUGAAGUGAAAAUAAGACGCCAGUCGCUGUUUAUUUUAAGGCCACUUCAUCUCCCAGGAGACCAGACAGUUAACAGCCCUAUGAAGACAUUCCCUUACAAGCUGUAAACUGGGUGGAUCUGUUCUUCUCCAUCAGAUAAGACCGCUCUACUACUAACGAUAGCUACCAGUAACCUCUCUCUCCAUCAUUAUGAGCGAGCCUAGUAACGUCUCCAACAUCCCAGUCGGUGGCUGGAACAUCACUAACCAGUUUGUCCAGCCGGUUUGGCUGCUCGCUCUCUGGACGGUAGCCUACAGUCUCGUGCUGUUUGUCUCGGUGAGCGGGAACGUCAUCGUUAUCUGGAUCAUCCUUGCUCACAAACAGAUGCGGACAGUGACAAACUACUUCCUGUUGAACCUGGCUCUCGCGGACACUUCCAUGGCGGCCUUCAACUCAUUCGUGAACUUCGUUUACGCUGCGCACGGGGACUGGUACUUCGGGCUCGUCUACUGCAAGUUCCACAACUUCCUUCCUGUGACAGCGGUGUUCGCCAGCAUCUACUCCAUGGUGGCCAUCGCCGUGGACCGGUACAUGGCCAUCAUCCACCCACUCAAGCCGCGCCUCUCGGCAACGGUAACGAGGUCUGUGAUAGGCUGUAUUUGGGGUAUGGCCGUGGUACUAGCGUUCCCGCUGUGUUACUACUCAACCACCAGAAAGAUUGGACAGAGAACAUUGUGUUACGUCUACUGGCCCCGCACUGCACAGGACUCAUUCAUGUAUCAUAUAAUAGUAGCAGUGUUGGUGUAUGUGCUGCCUCUAGUGGUGAUGGCUGGUACCUACAGUCUGGUGGGUAGGACACUUUGGGGCGGAGAGAUACCUGGUGACUCUAAAGAUAACUACCAUCUACAGAUACAAGCCAAGAGGAAGGUGGUGAAGAUGAUGAUGAUUGUGGUGGUAACUUUUGCAGUCUGCUGGCUCCCCUACCACCUCUACUUCAUGAUAACAGGACUCAACAGACAACUGAACAGAGUCAAGUCUAUACAACAGGUGUAUCUAUCAGUGUUGUGGCUGGCUAUGAGCUCCACCAUGUACAACCCUGUCAUCUACUGCUGUCUCAAUAGCAGGUUCCGUGCAGGGUUUAAGAGUGCAAUGCGCUGCUGUCCGUUUGUCCGUCUGUCUGAAUACGACCAGAUGGAACUACAUAGCGCCCGUUUCCAUGCCAACAGACAGAGCAGCAUCUACACCCUGAGCCGCUUCGAGUCCUUCUCCGCCGUCCCACACAACGACCGCAGCGACAGGAGGAGGAGUCAGGGUGGUCGUCAUGGUAGCAUCGCACACAACGGGGUGAAUCGUCACGGAACCCGACAUACACUCCUGACACACGCUAGUUACCACGGCAACCCCCGAGGGUCCACCUCCGCCACGGAGCUCACCUGAGAGGUUUGGACUUGAGACGAAGCGAACACACAAACAUACACACAAUUACUGAAACACACACACACACCCUUAUUGAAACACAAACAAACACACCUGGAUUCCAUGACAUAUAGGAAUCCCCAUUUCUGUUCUAUACCAAUAAGUAACUUGUAACCAGGUCUGUUCUGUCAGUUAUAUAGUCAGUUAACCCUUCUGUUCUGUCAGUUAUAUAGUCAGUUAACCCUUCUGUCAGAUAUAUAGUCAGUUAACCCUUCUGUCAGUUAUAUAGUCAGUUAACCCUUCUGUCAGUUAUAUAGUCAGUUAACCCUUCUGUCAGUUAUAUAGUCAGUUAACCCUUCUGUUCUGUCAGGUAUAUAGUCAGUUAACCCUUCUGUUCUGUCAGGUAUAUAGUCAGUUAACCCUUCUGUUCUGUCCGUUAUAUAGUCAGUUAACCCUUCUGUUCUGUCCGUUAUAUAGUCAGUUAACCCUUCUGUUCUGUCAGGUAUAUAGUCAGUUAACCCUUCUGUUCUGUCCGUUAUAUAGUCAGUUAACCCUUCUGUUCUGUCAGUUGUUACUCAGGGGCCUUUUUAGUAUGUUCUUGUUUAUUUUUGGGUUGUUUGUUUGUUCAAAACAGCUUGUAAUGUUUAUUUCAAAUAUUACUUAUCUUUAUUGAUAUAUUAUACUUAUAUUUAGUAUGUAACGAGUAAAUGUGAAUCAAGACCUGUAAGUGAUGUCUAUCGAUGUGUGACAAAAUAAAAACCCUAUGUAUUGUA